CUGUUAUUCCAAGAAAGUAGUACGGAUAAUUUUUCUCCAAUGGCAAUUUUGAAGCGACUCCUCACUACCACUGCUCCUUCAUGGCAAAAGAUCGCCUCUCCUAAAAUCCUAACCCCAACCACUUCACCUUCUCCCUCAACUCAUCUCCUUCCCCCUCUCUGCCACCGUUUCCCUCAAGGCUCAAAUUUUACAAUCGGAUCUGAUGUCCAGCAGCUAAGGUUGUUGGCUGCUGUUUCAGGGUCAUACUCUAUACUUCCAGCUAUCUUGGCCGGUUUGCUUGGAGCAGGAAUAGUAGAGACAGCGUACGCUGAUGCUGAUGAGGUCUCUUCCAAACCUCCUCUUCCAUUGAAACCUCCUGCUAGUCAUGUCAACCUUGAGGAAACUGCCACGAAAGAGAAGCGGCGCAUUGCGCAGAGGCUUAAAGAUAAAGGAAUUAGAUAUGGUUCUUAUCCUCGGUUUACUGUUGCUGUCAAGGGCCAAAAGGUUACAAUCAAGUUCCAGAUUCCUCAUGGUUGUGAAGUUGCACAAUUGAUUGCGAACCUUGUUUCACAUCUCGGACUGGAGGUUGAAGAGCGUGGUGGUGGUUCGGAUGUGCUAUUGCGUGCAUGGGACAGUUCAGUUGCCUGGCAGCUGACGCUUAAACCACCGGAGAAACAUAAGGAAACUGGAGUAAACGAGGGGCAUUCAGUAUAUAGGAAUGGAGAUGAAGGGGAUUUAUGCAUCCUCAUUUUCCGUUCACUGAUAAGCUCCGACAAAGCGGAAAUUGAGUUUAUAAAGCAAGGAAGUUUGAAUCAAAAGGAGCUUGAUGCCUUGGUCUCUGCCUUAGAACUCACUGGUCGAAAGAUUGCACAAAGUAGCUCUGUGGUAAACAAACCAAGGACCGGAUCUGCACAGAUGCCUGCACAAAAAUCAAUCUCUAGCCUGAGGGCCAUGGGAGUAAGAAUUUAUGGACUUGAUAUGCCACAUCGGAAUAAACCAUACAGUGAGAUAUCAUGGGGCAAUAUUGCUGGGUAUGAUCAACAAAAACGAGACAUAGAAGACACAAUUUUGCUGGCUCUAAAUAGCCCUCAAGUAUAUGAUGAUAUUGCACGUGGGACUCGCCAAAAUUUCGAGUCAAAUAGACCCAGAGCUGUGCUCUUUGAAGGACCUCCUGGUACAGGGAAGACAUCUUGUGCUCGUGUUAUUGCUAAUCAGGCGGGUGUCCCAUUGCUCUAUGUACCACUAGAGAUUGCCAUGUCAAAGUACUAUGGUGAAAGUGAACGCAUACUGGGGCGAGUGUUCUCUCUCGCCAAUAAGCUCCCCAAUGGUGCUAUCAUAUUCUUAGAUGAAGUUGAUUCCUUUGCCACUGCUCGUGGUGGUGAAAUUCAUGAAGCUACACGUCGGAUUUUGUCGGUGUUAUUGCGACAGAUUGAUGGAUUUGAACAGGACAAGAAAUUAGUUGUCAUUGCAACCACAAAUAGAAAACAAGAUCUUGAUCCAGCAUUGAUUAGUCGUUUCGAUUCAGUGAUUGUCUUCGGUCUACCUGAUGAGCACAACCGGCAGGAAAUAGCAGCUCAUUAUGCAAAGCACCUUACAGAAUCAGAGUUAGCUGAAUUUGCUCGAGUCACUGACAAAAUGUCUGGUAGGGACAUCCGGGAUGUAUGCCAACAAGCUGAGCGAUCAUGGGCAUCAAAGCUGAUUCGAGGACAGGCAAAGAACGACAAAGAACAACCAUCUCUCCCACCUUUCGAGGAAUACAUAAAAAGUGCCAUUAACUGAAGAAAGGCUCUACUCAAUGCCGCCGAGCAGAAAAAACCUCGUUUAGAUUCGUUAUCUUCGCAAUCAACAGCAGCAGUGUAGGUGGAUUAUCUGCCAUCUGCAUUCAGUCCCAUGUUCAUAGAUUUUUCAUUUAAUAUAAUUGGGGUUUCAUUACAUAGAGAUAUAGAUCACAGCUUUAUUGUCACCACCAACUUUGAUAGAUAAACCAAAGAGUAGUCUAUUAAUUUUACUGGAACUUCAGAAGAUUAAGUUGCACUGGAACAAGCUCAUCAGCAAAGCUCCUUGUCUGCAUUAACC